AUGAGAAGUUUAACAAAUUUCUUAAUGAGUAAUCCGAAUACGUUAAAUUUUGAUCGUAAAAUGUCAGCUUCGGAAGCAUGCAAAAAGUCUCUUGUUACCCUGGAGUCAUACCUUAGAGACGAACAUACUAAUUCAGAAACUUUGAAAUUUUCUGCUAACAGCGUACUUACAGUUGACGGAAAGAAACCAAGUCCACUGGAGGAAGUCGAAAUUUUGGAUACCAUAGCUACGUACAUAAUGCUGAAAAACGAAGAGGAUGUGAAGUACCGCUUGUUCUUCGAGGUCUUUCCUGCUGAUAAGGAUAUUAGCACUGAUUGUUUGUACUUCUUAAUAAAAUUAUCGUCGUUAGCUAUUUGCCUUGGGCUAUCCCCAGUACUCGAAAUUAUUUCUUUGUGGCUAAAGGUCCGAGUUUGCCAACUUUAUGCUUUCUCAGCACUACAGUCAGCUAAUUAUUUACCUUGCAUUUCGUAUGAAAUUAUUGAGGAGUUCGUCAUAGCACUUACAUCUGAUAUGCUCAGUAUACAGGGGCCUCCAUUAACUUCGAAUCCAACGUUGUCGAAAAACGAUAUGAUCCAGAGUGGAGAUCCAAACAAAGACAACCCUUUAUACACUCUCCCAUCAGUGUCACCUGCAUUUGCAGACGCAUUUUUGUCUGGAGUUACUUUGGUUUAUGGGUUCUAUCCUUCCCUAAAAUCAUCCGUUUGCAAUUUUCCUGUAAUGCACGAAGCAACCAAAAUUCCUCCUCCGCAGAUUAUUUCAUGUAUCUCCCACUGGUUAAGACUUUCGAGGAUUUCGAAGCAGCAUCAACCUGGAACUAAUCCACUCAGCAGCUGGACCAAUAUUGAUUGGCCAAGUGCAGCUAGACGUUAUAAGUUUCUUAACCAUCCCCGCUUUUCUGUUGAUCAGAUUUUGAUGUCUCAACCACCUCCCCCACUUUGCCUAAUGUGGUGGACAAUUUUUGAACCACUGAGACAUAUAAUGCGCAACUCUUGCAAAUCGAAACAAGAUGACAGUGGCAAGUUGAUAUCCAACUGUAUUUCAGAUCUACAUUAUGAACUUCUGCAGUGUUUGUCAGAACCUGCCAGUCUUGCUUCCCACCGUCAUGGCAGUGGAGUUCCCGGACCGUCUGGAUUUUCAACUUGGCUUCUUACAUGUUCGCGAAAGAUGGAGUAUACAAAAGAAUUUUACUAUAUGGAAUCAAUGAUUACUCAAGUUCAUGAACAGUGUAACUUGAUUAGUUCGCUACCGAAACAUGAAUCGUCAGGGGAUAAACAAAUUGACCUUUUAGAAUUAACGAUCAUUCGAUUAGCAGAAUUUAUGCAAAUUUGUUGGGUUAGUGGACGUAUACGUAAUUUAAGUUCAGAUGAAUUUUACAAACUUCUUGCUCCAUUAGGAUGUCAUAGUUGGAUCGAUCUUAUUCUUACACGUUUCAAAAGAUAA